AUGCGGGUGUAUAUUUGGGGGGUUUUAUUGGUAUAUGUAGUGGGUAUUGUCUGGGGUGUAGUAAAACCGUUGUUAUCUGUGGAGAUAACUGUGAAUUUUGUGGUUGAAAAGGAGUUGAAACUGAAUGAUUUUGACUUGGAGCAGGUAUUGGAUAAAAUCAAAAACAUUAUGCAGGAUGUUGGUCCUGAACUCAAGAUUAAAUUAGGGCGAAGACUAAGAGUGGAUCGGAAAGUGCUUAAGAGGAGUACUGGAGUGAUUCAUGAAAUAGAAUCGGAUGAGAGUACGGGUUUAGGAAUACUUGAUGGACUGAACCAAGUACGCGUUAGUCAAAUGAGUAGUUGGGAGAGUAGAUUUGGAGAUAGAAUUAGGGAUGGAGGAGAUAGAAGUAAGGAUGGAGGAGAUAUAAUUAGGAGUGAGGGAGAUAGAAUUGGGGAUGAGGGAGAUAGAAGAUUAUCAGAAGAAGAACAAGAAGAUAAGAAGAUAAGAGAGAGAAGAGUUUGUGGUGUGUUGUUUGGAAUAUUUGAGGAUCGCGGUGAAGGUGAGUUUUGUGGUGUAUCACGAGGGAGUAAUUAUGGAAGUAGAUCUUGUGGUGGGAUGGCUAUUUGCUUGGUUAAGCCUGGUGAUAGUUGGACUAAAAUGGCUGAAAUUGCUGCUCAUGAAUUAUGUCAUUUAUUAGGAAGUGGUCAUGAUGGGGAUGGGAGUGAAUGCUCGGCAAAUGGAUCAAUAAUGGCUCCUAUUUACUGGCCAACUGAUAAGAAGAAGAGAUUAAGUGAUUGUACGAUAAAAAGUCUAAAAAAGAAAUUAGGCCUUCCCGAUUAUGAAAUUGAAAGAAGCUAA